GACAACAGUGACUUCAGCAUCCAUAAUGGUAUGUGUCUGUGUCUCCUCUUUAUGGUUACCAGGACUGCAGGAAAACAACGGGGCUGAGUGGAACUGUGAGAGGAGGAGAAGAGAAGAAAGGAUCAGAUUUGACACAUCAAAGAGAAAGACCAGACUCCGAGGAACCAGAUCCAGGGACGUCCAAACCAGCAAGACGACACCAGUGCUCCCACUGUGGAAAGAGUUGUAACCAGAAAGCACAACUGAAAGCUCAUGAGAGAAUACACACAGGAGAGAAGCCUUACCACUGCUCCCAAUGUGGAAAGUGUUUUGUCCGUUCGGGGGACCUGAAACGGCAUGAGAGAACACACACAGGAGAGAAGCCUUACCACUGCUCCCAAUGUGGAAAGUGUUUCAACCAGUCGAGGGAGCUGAAACUACACGAGAGAACACACACAGGAGAGAAGCCUUACCACUGCUCCCAAUGUGGAAAGUGUUUCGUCAGUUCGGGGGUGUUGAAACAACAUGAGAGAAUACACACAGGAGAGAAGCCUUACCACUGCUCCCAAUGUGGAAAGUGUUUCAACCAUACGGGGAUGCUGAAAGAACAUGAGAGAAUACACACAGGAGAGAAGCCGUACCACUGCUCCCAAUGUGGAAAGUGUUUCGUCAGUUUGGGGGUGUUGAAACAACAUGAGAGAAUACACACAGGAGAGAAGCCUUACCACUGCUCCCAAUGUGGAAAGUGUUUCGCCCGGUCGGGGAUGCUGAAAGAACACGAGAGAAUACACACAGGAGAGAAGCCGUACCACUGCUCCCAAUGUGGAAAGUUUUUCGCCAGUUCGGGGGUGUUGAAACAACAUGAGAGAACACACACCGGAGAGAAGCCUUACCACUGCUCCCAAUGUGGAAAGUGUUUCGCCCGGUCGGGGAUGCUGAAAGAACACGAGAGAAUACACACAGGAGAGAAGCCUUAUCAAUGCUCCCAAUGUGGAAAGUGUUUCAACCAGUCGGGGGAGCUGAAACUACAUGAGAGAACACACACAGGAGAGAAGCCUUACCACUGCUCCCAAUGUGGAAAGUUUUUCGCCCGGUCGGGGAUGCUGAAAGAACACGGGAGAAUACACACAGGAGAGAAGCCUUACCACUGCUCCCAAUGUGGAAAGUGUUUCAACCAGUCGGGGGAGCUGAAACUACAUGAGAGAACACACACAGGAGAGAAGCCUUACCACUGCUCCCAAUGUGGAAAGUGUUUCGCCCGGUCGGGGGAGCUGAAACUACACGAGAGAACACACACAGGAGAGAAGCCUUACCACUGCUCCCAAUGUGGAAAGUGUUUCACCCGGUCGGGGGAUCUGAAACGACAUGAGAGAAUACACACAGGGCAGAAGCCUUACCACUCCUCCCAAGAACACACUAGACUGCACACAGAGGAGAAGGCUUAGAAAAGCUCAGACUGUGGGAAAACAUAUUACUCAUAAGUCACUUAAACGUCAUUAGAGAAUCCACACAGGAGAGAGAAAUUACUUCUCUUAGCGUGUAUAUUGAUAUUUCACAUCACAUUGACUUAAAAUUCAUCAGAGAACAUACACAGUGCUCCCGUUGUCUUAUAUUGUUGACUGACAAUGUGUUUACCUGUCUUUACCAUAUGAAAUUAAAUGGUACAGGGUAUACUCAAACAUAUAUUUGUUUUUAUUAGAAAACAUGAAUUGAAUAUGGAGUCUGUCAGUUUGAAUAUAAAGAAGAUCAGGUUCCAACUGUCCUUUUUUUAAACUCUUUGUGUGUGUUUAUCUGGGUGUGUCAUUCCUCCAGCACUACAGAUAAUCAAGUGAUAUUUGGAUGUGAUGCAUUAGUUCCAUUGUUGACAUUUGCAUUGUUGGCCCACUGAUGAUUUAAUGAAAUGAAAAUGUUCAGACUCUGUAAUGGAAAAUGUUAAUUGUUUGUGUGUCCACAUAACUGAGUAUGUAACUAACCUUGUGAAACUGUCCUAUUAUAAGCUCUUGUUCUUGGGAGUAUCAUCCUGUGUUGCAAACCAAUUUGCACCUGUGUCCUUGUAUAAAUAAAGUCCCACCCAGGAACAGGAAACUAUAAAGAUAUGUGCUCAUUCCCCAAUGCUUCAGGAAAUCAGGCUGUCUACACUGCGCUGUGUAACUCUGUUAUUCUCUCUGAGCUCAGAAAUAAAGAAUCUUGGUUUGACUUGGA